GGCAACCGCAAUCGGUGUCUUCGGGUGUCGGGGAGUUGUGAUGUCCCGUCGGCUGAGUCGUCGACAAGCACUAGAGGUGCGACUGGCUGGGCUGGGCUGGACUUGGCUGGUCGUCGUCGUCGUGGGUGGGCGGCGAUUUUGGGGGUGCUGCUACUGCUGAUGGUGGAUGGCGGCAUACGAGCUGGAUGGAUGGGAAUUCGGAAUGCGGCUGGAAGCUCGGACCACCCCGGCGUCGUUGCGUCAAACCGCGAUUGCCUGUUGUGCCUGUGCUUUCCAGCGCCACUAUGUUUUUAGCGCGCGCACCACCUGAGCCGACCCUGCGACCCUGGCUGUUCUCGUGUGCCCUGGAUUGGCGGUUUCGGGGAGUUUGUUUAUUAAUUGGCCCCAUGUCGACAGCGCAGAGAUUGCUAUUUACUCGGCCCAAGUGCGCCGUUUCCACAACUCGGAGUGGUAGGUCGAUCUGACCAACAGCUCUAAAUCGGAGAUGGAUACAGCGGAAGACAAUGACAGGCCCCAUGUUAACGAUAGCACUGAGGUCUGCUCGUGGAACUGGUGCGCGCUGCAGAGCGCACCCCGAGAGUCGGCUGGUGAUUGGUCCCAUCAUUGCCGCACUGGUUCCUAUCAUUUGGCACUUGUCAUCUCUCGCCAAUAAUUGAGCGCACUUCGCAACACACCCAUCCCCCAGGGGUGAGGCUUCCUGAUGGACUGGGGGAGAUGCCUACGUCACCACUCACAGCCUCUUCUACUAACCCACCUACACAUAACACCUCACGCAUUCGACGUAAGCACGGUUCGGGGAAUGCAUUCUUAUUGUUCCAUCGAAUACGAGCAGUAGACCCCUUUUUUUGCCCGGAUAAUUGCCUGUCCUCCUCCCAAUCCGUCCAGGGCGGGACACCAGGCACAACGUCAAUAACGACAGCUUUACAGGGAGCCAUCCUUCCCAUGCGGCUGACUCCCAGCCCACCUCGCCCCAGCGUGUCGAACGGUCGAGCCUGCGAGGCGUUUCAGGGCUCUUCCCGUCCAGCCUGACCCUAGCACACGCCCAUGAACCCCCGUCUUCCCGCUCUGGAGGAGCAAUUCUUUGUUUGGGACGGAGCCUAUUUCACGACUGACCAGGCCAGGUCUGUGUGCGCUGGGGCACAGGCUCUGCGGGGACUGCCUCGGGUUUGUCCGCGCCUUUGCCUGCCCACUUGUACCCAGCUAGCGGUUUCCCUUUAAACCCUAGCUUACGCCCACUCGGCGCAUGGUGCGGGUGCCUUGCUUAACUCCGGUCCGUGUUUGUUGUUGGCGCAGUUGGGCCACUUGAUAUUCUUGUUUUUCUUGCAGACCUUUUUUCCUCCUCUUUGCCCCUUUACUACACGAUCCUUUCUCUGGUUGACUACCUAGACGCGGCCUUGGGUGGAAAGGCAUCAGCCCUGUGGUCCGUCCUAGGACUGACACAACUGAUACCUGAUACCUGUCUCCCUUUGCCCUCACUCACCCCUCUAUCUGCCACCAUUGAUCUCUUCGAACCCCUUCCACAGCUGCUACACAAUGUCUCUCAGAUCGUGGUUUCGCAGCUCCGCGGCGCCCUCAUCGAAAUCGUCAAGCCGCUCAACCACCCCUGCCCCCAAUGGCGAGCCAUCACGGAGCGCCGAGGAGCGCAAGGCCCACGACAUGAAUGACGCACUGCGGUCCAUGGCCCUGAUUAUGAACGAUGACCCAGAAGGCGCCGAGGCGCUGCUUCGUGAGCGCGGCGACGCAAGCUCGUUCCAUCAGCUGGGUCUUGGCGUGAGCAUAUUCAUACGCUCCAUCUUGGGUUUCGAAAAGGAGGUCAUGACGGAGGCCUCGAUGCGCUUGAUAGAGUGUGAAAGCACAUCGUGGGCCGAUAAGGUCAAGGCCGAGAAAAAGGGGGCCAUGGCCGGUCAGCUUUAUCCUGCCGGGUCCGAGUUUGCGCUCGUCUAUGCCGGCGCCCUGCUGAUGAACGCCAUCGUCGGCGUUCUGCACGAGAGCUUGACGGAUGCCAUCAAGGGAUUCUACAAGCUAAGGAAGGCCUACGCCAUCAUGGAUAGCUUGGCUACGGCCGAGGAAGCCCUAGUAAGAGAGCACGGCAGCAAAGCCAAGCCGACAGGGCUGGCCUCGGCACCACCGGCAGGAGACGUUGACGAAGCCGACUUUGCCGAAAUCAAAGCCCCCGAUCCAAAACCGGCCUCUCGCUUAGGUGGCGAGGAGGACGCAGACCUCGAGUUCGUUGACGCUUCCGAGGCCCUCUCGGAGGCACCAACCCCAGCCGGCUACGGUGGCCACAUGGGAAAGAUGCUAGGGGGCUCUCCUGCGUCAGGCGCAGCUACGCCGGCGCUGGAGAAGCGGCUUGCCGAACUCCAGCUUUCCUCGUCAACGCCAAGCUCAGGGGCCCGCACUCCCCCCGAGCCUCUAGGGGCGGGACCGCCGGCCGAGGCUGGCAUUUUUACAAAUCCGGUCGACAUCUUUUGUCACAGUGCCAAUAACAUGUUUUAUGGCAUCCUUCUUCUCAUCCUCUCAAUGGUGCCCCCGGCCUUUUCCAGGCUGCUUUACGUUAUCGGGUUCAAGGGCGAUCGGGCACGGGGUGUUUCGUCUCUGUGGAAGAGCACCUCAUAUCACAACGUUAUGGGUGCUGUGGCCGCAAUGGUACUCCUGGGCUACUACCACGGAGUCAUGGCUUUUACCGAAAUCCUGCCCACUGAGCGCGAUAUCGAGGAGCUGGCAGACGAGGACGAGAUCGUGGGCUACCCACGAGAGCGCUGUGCGAAGCUGCUCGGCACGAUGCGCGAGCGAUACCCGGACUCUGGGUUCUGGAAGCUCGAGGAGGCGCGCGUGCUCGCCAACGAGCGCCGGCUGAGCGAGGCGACCGACAUGCUGGCGAGCAACAGCGAGUCCAAAAUGCGCCAGGUCGCGGCCCUGAACGCGUUCGAGCUCGCCCUCUACGCCAUGUUCUCGCUCGACUGGCCGCGCAUGCACGCCGCCUUCCUGCGCAUGAUCGAGCUCAACGACUGGAGCCACACGAUAUACUACUUCAUCGCGGGCUGCGCGGAGCUCGAGAUGUACCGCGACGCCGUCCACGCCCUCGCCAAGCUCGACGCCGACGCCGCGGGGGCCGAGAGGACCGAGCUCGAGACAAAGGUGCGGAGGCACAAAAAAGGCGCCGAGGAGCUGCUCCGCAAGGCGCCGACGGUCGCGGGCCGCAAGCGCUUCAUGGCGCGGCAGCUGCCGUUCGAGGUGUUCACGACCCGGAAGCUCGCCAAGUGGGAGGCGCGCGCGGCGGCGCUCGGGGUCGACCUGGCCGACGCCAUCGGGGCCAGCCCGGCGGCGGAGAUGAUCUACCUCUGGAACGGCGGGAAGCGCAUGCCGCCCGACGUCGUGGAGGCGGCGCUCCUCGUCCUGGCCUGGGACAGGUGCACAGCCCCCGCGGACAAGCUGCCCAAGAUCAAGGAGGAGGUGGACGAGAUGGGCAUCCAGGGGCUCGGCACGGCGGCCUUCCUGAGGCAGGUCGGCAGGAAUGAGGAGGCCAGGAAGAUACUUCAGGGCCUCACCACGCUUGAUCGUGCUCUGUUCAAAAUCAGCAACAGGGAAGACCACGUCUUGCCCAUGGUCUCAUACGAACUGGGCGUUCUGGCGUGGACCGAGUGCUGCGAGCCGGGCCACUGGCCCUCGGGCGCCGACGAGGUGGACGAGCACCGCAAGACCAAGGCGGAUGAGUGCCUGAGCCUGCUCGAGACUGUGGCCGCGUGGGAGACGUAUGUGUUGGACGCACGCUUCGGCGUCAGGGUUCAGACCGGGCUGGACUCUGUCAGGUGGUUGAAGACUAACAAGGGCUGGCCAUGAGGAGCUCGUUUGGCGUUCAGGACACAGGCAGUGUCCCGUUAGAUGCUCUUGGCAGAUUUCAUGGCAAAUCAUCUAUUGGGCAUAGAUGACCUACUUUUGUGGCGGUUGGGGCGUCGGGCAAUAUUCUUUAACAUGUGCACACGAAGCACCAUAACAUGAUAGACAAUGUCUCCUAGAUUUUCCAACACACAUACCAAGACUAAGAAUAUACGACCCUACUCUAA